UUUGUAUCUGCAUACAUUUGUUCAACUUUUUUUAGAUACAUUAUUUUAAACAUUACUGUAAUUCAUCUUUUCGCUAAAAACAGAAUUCGGGACGCUCGGGAUCAUUGCUCCAGCUACCGUAACGAAUCUGCCCAUGUGUAGAAGAAAAUUGUUGCUCCCGUAAAAACCCCUGCAACAGUAGCCACUGAUACAGUUCACCAUCCUCAAACUUAAACAUCUAGAAUUCACCCAGUGUAUUUAGCUGUAAUAGCAUCUGGAUAUAUAUGAGGCGCUAUGCCACUAGAUGCAUUAUGUGACGUUUUCUGUAAGGAAAGAAUGCUGGCGUGGUGGACAGCAAACGAUACCCACGAAGCUAGCUUACUGGAAAAAGCAUUUGAACUUGACCACUGCCAGGUUACCUUCCAGCUGAAUACUAUAUUAAGUAAAUGAACUAUGGCUAAUGUGGCGAUAAGGAUUUCUCCAAUCCGCCCCCAAAGACAACACAGCAUCACUGCUCCUUGCAUCCCCCCGUCCCCCCCCAUCUUGGCACAUGCCAUCACUGCGGACCACGUCAGCCGACAGCUGAGGAACCUUCAUCCCAGGAAGGCAGCAGGCCCCGACAAGUGUUGUGUUCCGUCCACCUAUCAUCUCUGCAGUUCCACUGGCACCUAUCUAUUUCCUCUCCCUCGGACUACCAGAUAUGUUAGCCAGCUAGCCAACAGCCAGCUGGACCCUACUGCCUCCCGGCUCUGAGCCUGUGGCCGCUUGCUCUGGACUCGACAACAACUCUGACCCAGCUCUCUGGCCAUCCGGCCGGCAUCCUCCGGAGGAGCCUCCACUCCCUGCGAGCUUGCCAGCCAUGGCUCAGCUGUGUGCCACCACUGGGGCCUGCCGUUUGUGCGGGUACAGUCGGGGUCAACCAACAUCACCACUCGGUCCACUGCUGCUUCCACACAAAGCUGAGAUCCUUCGCUGUCGCCGCUACAUCUGGACUUCCCCGACAGAUCACCCAUCUUCUCUUUCUGAGAGGAUCCCUCUGCCAAGAAAAGCGGUGCCGCACAGCAGCGGUACACAACCUUUUUACUAACAAGUGUGGAUUCCUGAUUGCUCUAAUGAGAGCUCAUGGAGAAGAUAGAUUUUCAGAGGUGGUUGGAGUCAAUCUCUACCACUUUCCUUACACUAAAUGACCAGCAGCGUAACCAGUCAUUGGACCACAUUAUAUUCCUCAGUGGUGCGGCCCAGCUUCGCCAUUUGUCAAAUGGCUUGGAAGCACUGCUCAAACGUGACUUUCUGCGACUCCUGCCUCUGGAACUGGCUUUCUAUUUGCUGCGCUGGUUAGAUCCACAGACUUUACUGUGUUGCUGCCUCGUCUCCAAGCGCUGGAAUAAAGUGAUUAAUUCAUGCACAGAAGUGUGGCAGAACGUUUGUCGGGAGCUUGGCUGGAGAAUUGAUGAGUCCAUUCAGGAUGCAUCUCAUUGGAAGGCUGUCUACCUGAAGGCUAAACUGCGUAUGAUUCAACUAAAGGACCAGAAGGCUUUUGAGACAUCCUCACUCAUUGGCCACAGUGCUCGUGUGUACGCUCUCUAUUAUAAGGAUGGUCUUCUCUGCACAGGAUCUGAUGAUCUCUCUGCAAAAUUAUGGGAUGUACGCACUGGGCAAUGCAUUUAUGGAAUUCAGACUCACACCUGUGCCACAGUGAAGUUUGAUGAACAAAAGCUUGUGACUGGGUCCUUUGACAACACCAUUGCAUGCUGGGAAUGGAGCACAGGAGCCAAAAUUCAGCACUUUCGGGGCCACACAGGAGCAGUUUUCAGUGUGGACUACAAUGAUGAGAUGGACAUCCUGGUGAGCGGCUCUGCAGAUUUCACUGUGAAGGUCUGGGCUUUGGCAGCCGGUGCCUGUCUCAACACUCUGACGGGACACACUGAAUGGGUUACCAAGGUUAUACUACAGAAAAGUGAAGUGGAGUCUGUGGUGCACAGUCCUGGUGAUUACAUCCUCCUAAGUGCUGAUAAGUAUGAAAUAAAGAUCUGGCCUUUAGGAAAAGAAAUUAAUUGUACGUGCUUAAAGACACUGUCGGUGUCAGAGAAUCGCAGCAUCAGCCUUCAACCCCGAUUGCAGUUUGAUGGACGCCACAUUGUUUGCAGCUCUGACAUCGGAGUACAUCUGUGGGAUUUUGCCAGUUUUGAGAUUCUCAGGGUCAUAAAAGUUCAGGAUCCAGCCAACUUGUCCUUGCUGAGCUUUGGUGAAGUCUUCGCACUCCUCUUUGACAACGAUUUCCUCUAUGUGAUGGAUCUCAGGACAGAGUCCAUUUCGGGUCGCUGGCCUCUACCACCAUACAGAAAAUCUAAACGUGGGUCCAGUUUCCUGGCUGGUGUGACAUCUUGGCUUAAUGGCUUGGAUAGGAACAAUGACUCUGGACUGGUGUUUGCAACAAGCAUGCCAGACCACAGCAUUCACUUAGUCCUAUGGAAGGAAAAUGGCUAAUGGCAACAUGAAAUUAACUGAUGUCAAUUAAGCAACAUCAUGUCUUAGUUAUGAACAUAAAAAAGUAUUGUUUAAUUGAGGAUUUUAUUUCCCUCAGUUCCAUCUAAUCCUACAACACCCCACCACCACCCAAGGCUGGAGAAUUACAGCACAUGGCAAUGGCGACUCGACUAGAAUCUUUGAGUUACAAAUAAACAACUGCAGAGAUUUAUUUUAUAUCACAUUUAAUAAACAUUUGUGUUGGAUUGAACAAUUAAGCAAAUUCCUAGAGCUUUACAGUUACGCUGAAAAAAAUUGGGUUUGACAUAAAAGAAUUAAUUUUACAACAGAUUUUAUUAGCAUUCAUUUCCAUGUAUUUCUAUGGCUUGUAGAAAGGUUUGACCUUUUUCUUUUAGUCAACUUUUUUUAAGCAGAUUGUGGAUCAUCUAAUUCAGUGGUCCCCAACCUUUUUUGCGCCACGGACCGGUUACAUUUCAGAAAUAUUUUCGCGGACCGGCAAUUAUAUUAAUAAAUAAUACAUUUAUAUAAAUAAAUAAAUAAUACAUUUAUAAUAAACAUAUAAAUACGUUGAAAUAAAAUGAUACGACUGACAUAAAAACAAGUACAAAUGACAAAAAUAAAACUCACCAUUACGUUGAAUUAGUGGGAGGACUGAGUUUGUUUCUCAGAAACGAGCCGGUCCCAUCUAGACGUAAUCGGAGACAAUGACACCCGGAGAGAUUAAGGUUUGUCUUUUAUUGCAGGAUGCUUGGUCUCCUUGUGUUGAAGCAGUUUUGAAUGCUUCAUUGCCUGGUUAGUUAGCCUGUCGCCACAUAUUAGUAGGGGUGUAACGAUUCAUCGAUACACAUCGAUUAAUCGAUAUAAUGCUCUACAAUUUAUUGGCAUCGAUGCUAAACGUAAACAUCGAUUUAUAUCGCCGUGUUUGACCUCGGACAUUAGACGCGACUUUAUUUUGAAAUCCAGUUCAUUGUUGCUUGCUUCCUCUUUCCGGGAGCAGUGCGCGGGGCUUUGUCGUGUUGUGAGCAGAGCAGGCACGUGAAAGGGGAGUCGACAACUAGUACGCGGCUCCUGGGCUGGUGCUUUAGCUAGUGUCCAAAAAGCCGAGGAAAUUUGCUCCCCUUUAGGCUUCAAGUCAUUCGUUUGGAAGCACUUUGGAUUCCAAAGAAAAGAUGGCUCAACGGACAAGACACGUGCAGUUUGUAAAUCCUGCCAUGCGGUGAUCAAAUAUUCAGGGUCCACAAAUCUCGCCACACAUUUAAAGAAAAAACACGACAUCAAAGUUCAGUGUUAAAAUAAGCACUUUGUAUACUACAAUACUCUACUAAUUUCCUAAAUAAAGAGUUUGCAGUACCUUGUUGAUUUUGCGUAUGAAUUGUUAUAAAUCAGGAUAUUGUUCUAUAUUUUUUAUUUUAAAAAAAAUAAAAAUCGAUCGUAGAGCACUAUAUAUCGUGAAUGAAUCGCAGCAGGCUUUAAGAUAUAGGCAAAUAUCGUAUCGUAGUUCUUUGUAUCGAUAUGAUAUCGUAUCGUGACAAAACCCGCAAUUUACACCCCUACAUAUUAGCUUUGCGGGCUCGACUGGGGAAACAUGUCACGUGACCGGGACGAGUGUCUUGACCUGAAUUCAUCGAUCGUCGAUAAAAAAAAAAUUCUGUGCGGCUUGGCGGCCCGGUACCAAGUGACCCACGGACCGGUACCGGUCCGCGGCCCGGUGGUUGGGGACCAAUGAUCUAAUUGACUCGGUGUGUCCUAAUACAAUGGUUCUUCAAACUAGGCUAAUGCUUAAACAUAUUUUCUCAUGAUCUCAAGCAUAAGCUUGUCUGUAAACAUUGCAAUAAUGUCACCAAUCCCUUGGGUUUGAAUGACCUACUCUGGGACAGGCUCAUUUAUCUUUGUUAAGGAAUAACACACAAACAAAAUCUAAACAUAGGCAACAUGGUAUCACACUCUUCUGGGUCAGGGUUCGAUUCUGGCAUCAUCCUUCCUGUGUGGAGUAUGCAUGUUCUCCCUUUGCCAGCGUGGGUUUCCUCCGGGUGCUCCGGUUUCCUCCCACGUUGCAAAGACAUGCAUGGUAGGCCGAUUGACAACUCCAAAUUGUUUGAACGUGCGAGUGUGAAUGGUUGUUAGUUUGUGUGUGCCCUGCGAUCGGCUGGCGACCAGUUCGGGAUACCCCGCCUACCGCCCUAAGACAGCUUGGAUAGGAUCCAGCAUGCAAGCAACCCUUGUUAAGAUAAGUUGUUCAGAAAAAAGAUGGGUGGAUGUUUUAUCUGUUCUUUUUAAUAAAUAUGCAACCAAA